AUGCCCAUCACUCUCACCACGGCCUCACACUCGCCUCGUAAGUGGCAAGGCCGGCGUGUCUCCACCUCUGAGGAGUUGCUCACUCGCUCAUGUCCGGACGAUCAGCGCCAAAGCCAAAGGCUUAUCAGGAGCUCAUUCCCUCGGAGGUUCUUUCGCGACAAUAAUGUCUCCGCUUCUAAACACGGUUUUGUCUGGGCCGUUUUCGACGCCUACAGCAAUCAUCACAACUUGACAAUCCGACCGGAAGACGUGUGGUUCUCGAUUCUGACGCAGCUUAGCUUCUUCAUCAAUGCACAUGCCGAGGAACUUCGAUCCUUUUUUGUCUCACAUGAAGGCCAGAAAGAGCUUGAGGUAAUUCAAAAUGCAACCAUGGAGGAUGCCGACUUCGGCGCAAUGGCCUUAGAGAUGACCAGGCUGAUCGAAAAGAACGUUGUGGAUGAGGAGCUGCGAGCUUGGAUUAUGCCGACCUUCACCACUACAACCGAAUCCGAUAACGUGGUUGCCGCGAUCUUGAUGAUGGGCACCAUGCAGAGCUAUUUCUCCUACAAGAUGACACUUACAUGUGGAAUUCCCUGUGUCACUUUGUUAGGAGAGAAAGAUGACUGGAACCAGCUCGUGAACAAGCUGGACAAGCUGCAUCAACUAGGGGACCAACCGGCACGAUUCGCCCAGCUCCUUCGACCGGUCCUGAAUCAUUUUGUUGCCUCUUUUGAAAAUCCAACCUCGCCCACUGUGUUGGACUUCUGGAACAGAUGUGCCCAUAAGGAAAAUAUGGGCAGCGGGCCGGACUACCUCUGCGGUUGGAUCUCAGUUUUCUGUUUUUGGGAUGAGGGGGGGGGGCUUCUUCAUCGAGAGCCAAUUCAAAAUGCCUCCUCGCCCGAGUUUCAAGCCCGAAACUCGAAACUGGGGUUGGAAGAUGCUUUGUCUCGCCGCAUUGACACGGACGAUGUUCCCUCUGGCUUUGCCUCCGUGCCUGUUACCGUUGAGGAUACUCGGAAUAAUAAGACGUAUAAGACUGUUAUGUUAGCUGGACUUGUUGGCAUCCAAGCUACAUCAAGCGGGGAUAUCACUAUUGCUCCUCCAACUGAAGCGCCUGGACUUGAUUCUAUUCAGCCCCUAUCUGGAUGGUGGAUGUAUGAAAAACGGUCCGCGGUCGAAGCGAAAAUAAGACAAUACUGGAACGGGUGGUUGGAUCCAUUAUCUGGAAAGUGAAAGUCUUCAUCUGCUAUUGACCCAGGAUUGGAGCUGGGUCUAAUUGCCAGUGCCGAGGAACUGAAAGUAUUCCAACUCGGCUGAAGUAAGAAAUACACAACUAUGAAAUUCUCAGGUGAUGCAGAUUGUUUAUUUUUUAAUCAAAGAGAAAGAAUGCCAUAUGAG